UCUCUAUUUCUAUAUCUUUUAACAUUUUCUUUCAGCCAUUGCGCUCUCUACCCCACUCACCGGCGAGGUCCUCCGACCUCUGCCGCCGCACUCUCCGGCCACAGCCGCCACCACCACCUCCGUGGCUGUGUUGGCGCACAUGAGGCCUAUAUCCAUGUCCCUCCUAUCCCAAUCCCACCCGGCACCACUCCCCCCAACCCCACAAGAACAAGAACAAGAUCAAGAAUUGCCGUAUCAACCGCCUCCGCCUCCACCACCGCGAGCAGCACAACACAAGUUGCUUGCACCAUCAUUACCGCUGUAUAAACAGCAUUCUUGGUCACCGGAUAUUUACAGGGAUGAAGCGUGGUUAAGGAGGAAAGGUAACAGCAAGAAAAAGAAAAGCAAGAGUGUCACUGACGAAGAUGUUGAUGAACUUAAAGCUUGUAUUGAGUUAGGUUUUGGGUUUGACUCUCCUGAAAUGGAUCAACGCUUGUCUGAUACUUUGCCAGCUUUGGGACUUUAUCAUGCUGUUAAUAAGCACUAUUAUGAUCAUACCUUCUCUAAGCCUGUCAUGGCGGCGUCGUCUUCGUCCACGGCCUCCGACUGUGACUCGCCAUCUCCUUUGGGCAGCCCCCAUGCCAUCUUCGGCCCAGGCGACAAUCCACAAACGGUGAAGACAAGGCUAAGGCAGUGGGCACAGGUGGUUGCUUGUUCGGUGCGGCAAUGUUCUUCAAGUUCAAGCUAGCGAGAGUAAUCAAUUAUGAUGAUGUUAUUAAUUCCAGCAGUGAUGAUGGUCAGGGUUAAAUCUGAACCCAAACUAGAGUUAUAUUAUAUCAAACUUAACCAAACAUCAACAUCAAGAUUUCAAUCAACUUGUUUUGUUUGAUAUGAUAAUGAUUCCCACUCCCACCAACUUUUGUAUUAUGUUUCGGUUACAUUUACAUAUAUUGUGUAAAAGGAGGAGAGGAGGUGAAGAAAAGAGAGGAGGAAGAAGAAAGGCAAUGCCAAGAAAAAACCCCACCAUUGAAAGCCAGCUACUACUGUUACUGGGCUUGACUAUUUCUUUGUUUGUUUUUUUUUCUUUAACUUGCUGUUUAAAUUACUUGUUUUUAUUUUGUUUA